ACAGCGGAGCCAGCAGGGACUGUACGCAGCAUAACAGACCACAUAACGACACCUGUCAGCGCCAAAUCAAAGUGGAGGACACGCAAAUAUUAACACCAUUGUAGCUUUAACUUUCCUUUUUUACAUUACGUAAUUUGAAAGCCUCUGUCCCGUUCGUUGCUGCAGAGUACUUAGCUAGCACAUUAACGUUAGCUUCUCUGACGUUACUACCGGAGAGGACCCAGUGGUUGUAUCUCUGACCGACAGACAGCGUCGACAUGUCGGACCCGGCCGGGGAGGUGAAGCUGGAGGUGAAGCUGGAGGUGAAACAGGCGAGCAAAGAGGUGAAAGAGAGCGAAAACGUAGCGGAAAAAUAUUCAGCAAUGACCGUAAGCAAGAAUACCGAAAUGAACAUGGGAGAGCUGUCGUCCGCCUUCAGCGCUGUGCCGACUCACAAACCUGUUAAAAAGCAAAUCCAGUUUGUGGAGGACAAGCAGGAGUUCAGCAGGUUCCCCACAAAGGCAGGCCGUCGCUCCCUGUCCCGCUCCAUCUCUCAGUCAUCCACAGACAGCUACAGCUCCGCUGCGUCCUAUACGGAUAGCUCUGAUGAUGAGACCUCACCACGCGACAAAACUCAGGUCAACUCCAAAGGCAGCAGCGACUUCUGUGUGAAGAACAUCAAACAGGCUGAAUUUGGCAGACGUGAGAUUGAGAUCGCAGAACAAGAUAUGACGGCGCUGAUCUCACUCAGGAAGAGAGCACAGAGUGAGAAACCGUUGGCUGGUGCCAAAAUUGUGGGCUGCACUCACAUCACUGCCCAGACCGCAGUGCUGAUCGAGACGCUGGCGGCUCUCGGGGCUCAGUGCCGCUGGACUGCCUGUAACAUCUACUCGACACAGAAUGAAGUGGCUGCUGCUCUGUCAGAGACCGGUGUGGCAGUGUAUGCCUGGAAAGGCGAGUCUGAGGAUGAUUUCUGGUGGUGCAUUGACCGCUGUGUCAACAAUGAGGGUUGGCAGCCUAACAUGAUCCUUGAUGAUGGAGGAGACUUGACACACUGGAUGUACAAGAAAUACCCCAAUGUUUUCAAGAAGAUCAGGGGCAUUGUAGAGGAGAGCGUCACUGGGGUUCACAGGUUGUAUCAGCUGUCUAAAGCUGGAAAACUGUGUGUACCAGCUAUGAAUGUAAAUGACUCUGUGACGAAGCAGAAGUUCGACAACCUGUACUGCUGCAGAGAGUCAAUCCUGGACGGCUUGAAGAGAACCACAGAUGUCAUGUUUGGAGGCAAACAGGUGGUCAUAUGUGGGUAUGGGGAGGUUGGAAAAGGUUGUUGUGCCGCUCUGAAAGCUCUGGGAUCCGUUGUUAACAUUACAGAGAUCGACCCUAUCUGUGCCCUGCAGGCCUGCAUGGACGGAUUCAGGGUGGUCAAGCUAAACGAAGUCAUUCGUCAGGUGGAUGUCAUCAUCACAUGCACUGGGAACAAGAAUGUGGUGACCAGAGACCAGCUGGACCGAAUGAAAAAUGGCUCUAUUGUCUGCAACAUGGGCCACUCCAAUACUGAGAUUGAUGUGGCAAGUCUUCGGACCCCCGAGCUGACCUGGGAGAGAGUGCGCUCUCAGGUAGAUCAUGUCAUUUGGCCUGAUGGCAAGAGGGUCAUCCUUCUGGCUGAGGGACGUCUCCUUAACCUUAGCUGCUCCACUGUCCCUACCUUUGUCUUGUCCAUCACAGCCACCACUCAGGCCCUGGCCCUUAUAGAGUUGUACAACGCUCCUGAGGGACGAUACAAGCAGGACGUUUACUUGCUUCCCAAGAAGAUGGAUGAGUAUGUCGCAAGUCUGCAUCUGACCACUUUUGACGCCCACCUGACGGAGCUUUCUGAUGACCAGGCAAAAUACCUGGGCCUGAAUAAGAACGGCCCUUUUAAACCCAACUACUACAGGUAUUAAUGUGCAAGGGAAGCAAAACUCAGCUCACCUCAAUGUGAACGCAACCACAAAUCACCUAUCCCGAAGAUGAGAGAGAGAUUUAUGUAUAUUGUAUUUUAUACUCUUCAUAGGAAGCACAGCUUAUUAUUCGUUGUAUUUUAUUGACCGCAGCAAGUUUUGCUUCACUUGCCGCUUCCUACAGAACUACACGUGGCACCCAGCUGGCUAUGAAAAGUCAAAGUAACAACAGCACUUAUAUCUGCUGUUGGGUGAGAUUUUUAUUUCCUGGUGCAUCUGUUCUCAUACCUGCUGGCUCCGAGGUUAUUUUAGAGUUCUGAUGGAUAUUAAAUGAUGCAUCUAUAUAUUGUGCCAAAUGACUGUGACGGGGGAAGGGUUACAGUUGUUGUGAAAUGUAAAUGGUUAGUUGUGAAAUCGGUUAAACCUGCACUACGCGAUACUUUUGACGUAUUAAAUUCCUCAAGAGAAUGCUUGAAAUUCCAUCCCAACAAGUUAAAGCUCACAGAGCUUUUUAGAUGCUCUGAGCUCCUUGUUUCAGCUCUCUCAUCAACUUCUCGUAUGAAAAGGACAUUUCCAGAAAAGAAAAUUCCUUUAUAAACGUCAGAGAGCCGACGUAAACUCCCGGCUGGUGAAGAAAGUCAAGCUCCAAAUGUUUCUCUCCGGCGAAGGUUGAACAAAAUCACCUUAAAUCUGUCAAGUUGUGAGAAAUUUGACUCUAAUUAGGUGUUGCUGUGUCUCUGCUGGAUGUUCAAGUAGGCAAUUAUUUGCUGACAAAUGAGCCAUAACAACUUGCUGAUCUGAUUUGUAAAUCAGGACAGUUGUUUCUGCCCCCCAGUGGUCAAAUAUUGCUUACUGCAGCUUUAAAGUUUUCUUUCUGCUUCGAUGUGGCUGCGCUCGCUUACUUCACACAUUCCAUCCUCAAAAUACAGAAGAAAAGUCAUUUUCUCUGUAGUGUCAUCAACAUUACUUCUAACCAUCAGCACAUCUGGCCAAAAAAUAGAACUUCAGUACUUUUUGAAUAUAGCAAACAUAAAGUAAGAGAGCUUGCGAUUUAUUUUCUUGAAAAGAUGAGUCCAUUUAUGAGGUUUUGGUGUCUGGGAAGAAUAGUAUCUGUACCUCAGGGCAUUCAAUUAUCUCAAAUUAUUUGUAAAUAUAUUUUUACCAAAUCAGCACUGUUCGUGUCCACGUCUAGUGUCAUUCUCAUGAAAUCAUUAUUUACAGUAGAACUGUAAAACACCUGUCCAGAGUUAAAUGACAGAUAUGUAUAUUCUGUGUAAACAUAAGUCACAGCCUGAUGUUUAGCAGUGUUAGUAGGUUUAUUCUACAUAUGCAACAGCCUCAUUAUGGUAUUUGCUGAAGUGCAACAUUGAGUUUAUUGUUAGAUUUGUCACGGGACUCUGCUCUUGUGCUUACCGGAUCUGUUGAAUCCACAAAUGCUCUGGGCUCAUAAGCUUGGUUGUUAGCACAUUUACACACGUUAGCUUUACCUUCUGUGUUAUCUUGCGGUAUUGCACCAUUAUUAUAGCUUUUCUAAUAACACAAUAUUCUGUUAUGUUUCCUGACGCUUGUUCAAAUGGGUUUAGCCAGUAAGGCAGUUUUGUGAGGCUUGUUAAAUCAACAAACUUAUUAUGCCACUUUUACUUCUCUAUAUUCACUUUUAAUAUGUUUUGAGUGUGUGGCCAUAUCGGUUGACUUAGUUGAGUGAUUCUUAUUUAAACUCAAAAAUAUAUAGUGUGCAGGUAGUAGUUGUGUCUAAUCAACACAUUUGAACUGCUGUGUAUCAUGCUGGUGGUCUGUGGGUCGACCUAUCUCUCCCUGCCGAGGGUUCGGCACCUUGUUAUGGUGUUAUAGUGUUGUUCCACUUGUAUUUACUCAGUAUCCAGUUUCAUCCCCCUUCACAAAACUUCAUCCAGAGUUACAGGUCAUUCCUGUAUGUUAUUUUGUUUUUCUUACUCCUGCUAUUUAAAGGAAUACAAAAUGACUGAAUGAAGAAACCCUUUCUUGCAUACCACGGUGGACAGAGAAAAAAUAGAGAUAAUUCUUGAUGAAUUAAAGCAAAGGGCAUCAUUCUUAACAACAGCAAAACUUUAUAAAAACAUCUGUUUAAAACUCACCCUGUAUAAUCCAAGUCGUAUGCUCACUACUUCUCAAACACAUACAUUUUUACUAAAACCUUACUAUUAAAUAUUUAAAGCGAGAAAAACAACGUUUUCUUCAAGAACUCAAAGUAACACAAGCUGAGUAACUGAUGAACAUGAUCAGCUUUUGGGUGAAGUAUUCCUUUAUUUGUACAGUGGCCCACUGAUCGCUACUAUGAAGUGCUUUCAAUCUUUGCAGCUUUAAAGGCAUCAGAGCCAAGGACAUUCAGUGAGGACAUCGCUGUCAGCAAGCUGAGCGCUGCCUGUAACCGUGGUUACUGGUCAGAAGACAGUGCCUUGUGACUCACUCAGUAAUUUAUAUUCACUCGUCUACAACUAUGUUUGUCUCCCGUGGUUGUUAUUCAGCAAUAUACAGUGAUAGCUAUGCAGCAAAACAUACUCAGUUUUCUUCUUUCUAAAGUAUUUUACACCAGGAAUGGUGCAGAGUUGUUAAAUCAGUGUUUCAGAUUACUCAAAUAAUAUGCAUUACUCAAGACGUCUUACCGUUUUACACUUUAGUGGGCAACAUUUUACUUUCUGUUGUUCUUUGAUGUAUAUGUUUCAUCCAAGUUUCAUUUCUUGUAACAACCAGGCAUUGAAAUUACAGUGGUAGUUUAUUAAUAGCACUUAAAAAUGACUUUUAGAAUGAAUUACAUUUGUUUUAACUAGUAACCAUCAUUAUACCCUAGUUUUAACUUUAUUAUAGAGACAAGUUAAUGUGUUAUUACUGGAGUAGACAGCUUGACUUUUGUCAAAUUGAAUUGAAUAAGCAUACCACUGUGAUUGGACAGUUGUACAAUGUUGCUGGUUUUAAUGGAUGUGGAGACGAAGUUCUGUAAAUGAUUAGCUAUAAAGUAAGCGUUUAUUUUCAACACUAUCUGUAGUUCAGUUCAAAGAACAUCCUGUUAAAUUUCUGUGCACAGUUCCCUUUAAUAAACUGAUGUUUAAAUUUU